UCGUCUUUGUGGUCUGCAACUGCCAGCAAACUCUGCUGCUGUAACAAAACCUCAGUCGUCACCUUUAUCUCUAUGGCUUCAUAGCCCAUUUGUGAAAAACCAAAAAGAUCUUGAAUUUACCUGAUUCAGGAAAUGGGUUGCCUGGUAAGGCUUCUGGGUCUGUGUUUAUGGAUUUACUUGGUAAGCUUAAGCUUCAUUGGAGUUGGUGCUGUGUAUGGAAGAGGAGGUGCUGCUGUGAAAGGGAUUGUUUUAGUUCAUGGGAAAUCUUCUAUUGGAAAGAUUGAUGAUGAUUUUGUCUGUGCCACUCUGGAUUGGUGGCCUCCUCAGAAAUGUGAUUAUGGAAAAUGCAGUUGGGGUCAUGCUUCUCUGCUCAAUCUGGACCUCAACAACAAAAUUUUGUUGAAUGCAGUAAAAGCCUUUUCACCCUUAAAAAUUAGAUUAGGUGGGACUUUGCAAGAUAAGGUCACAUAUGGGACAGAAGAUAAUCGGCAACCCUGUACUCCUUUUGUUUGGAGUGCUAAUGAAAUGUUUGGUUUCACUCAAGGGUGCUUACCAAUGCAUAGGUGGGAUGAGCUAAACAGCUUUUUCCAAAAAGCAGGGGCUAAGGUUAUCUUUGGAUUAAAUGCUCUUGCUGGAAGGUCUGUAAAUUCUGGUUCUGCUGUUGGACCUUGGAACUACACUAAUGCUGAAUCUCUUAUACGAUACACCGUAGGAAAGAAGUACACCAUUCAUGGUUGGGAACUUGGCAAUGAAUUGUGUGGAAAUGGAAUUGGAGCAAGUGUUACUGCAGAUCAAUAUGUUUCUGAUGUAGCUGCUUUGAGAAACAUAAUUCAAAAUGCAUAUAGAGGGAUUGAGCCGAAGCCACUAGUCAUUGCACCUGGAGGCUUCUUUGAUUCAAAUUGGUUUGGGGAAUUUGUAACCAAAUCUGGUAAAUCUGCAAAUGUGGUCUCCCACCACAUUUAUAACCUUGGGCCAGGAGUUGAUGACCAUUUAACUGAAAAAAUUCUUGACCCUUCCUAUCUGGAUGGAGAGGCUAGCACAUUCAGCAGCCUCAAAAGUAUACUUCGAAGUCCACGAACCUCAGUAAAAGCAUGGGUUGGUGAGGCAGGAGGGGCUUACAAUAGUGGCCAUCAUCUUGUGUCUGAUGCAUUUGUCUACAGCUUCUGGUAUCUGGAUCAGCUUGGUAUGUCAGCUAUUUAUGACACCAAAACAUACUGCAGACAGAGUUUGAUAGGAGGAAACUAUGGUUUACUAAAUACUAGUACUUUCAUGCCAAAUCCUGACUAUUAUAGUGCUCUUCUUUUCCACCGACUCAUGGGAAGACGUGUCCUAUCAACUAACUUCUUUGGGACAAAGAAGAUAAGAGCUUAUGCACACUGUGCAAAGGAAUCCAAAGGAAUCACAAUACUAUUACUGAACUUGGAUAACAGCACCACUGUUCAAGUCAGAGCGGCCUUAAAAUUUAACAAGUUACCCUACCGUCGUGUGGGAGAACCCUCCAGAAGAGAGUAUCAUUUAACAGCAAAGGACAGGGAUUUGCAUAGCCAAAUCAUGUUACUAAAUGGAAAAAUUUUAACUGUAAACUCAGCUGGUGAAAUUCCUCCUUUCGAGCCUCUAUAUGUAGACUCAUCAAAGCCAAUAAUAGUUGGUCCUCUCUCUAUUGUAUUUGCCCAUAUACCAAAUGUUGUUCUUUCAGCUUGCAGCUAGCUCAUUGACUCUAGGUGAAACCAAAAAUUGGUUUCACUUGGUGGUUGAUAAAA